AUGUUGUCCUCUAGAUUCGCGCGAGCUCUUCCUCGAGCUACAUCUUCCGCCACACGAUCAUCAACACUUCUCCGCAAACCUUUUUCAUCCUCAUUUGUAAGAUAUAACUCGGAAGAUGGCGACAAGAAGAUUAGGGGGCCAGUUAUCGGUAUCGACUUGGGUACCACCAACUCUGCUGUAGCGAUCAUGGAAGGCCCCUCGGCCAAGAUCAUUGAGAACUCAGAAGGUGCUCGCACAACCCCUUCCGUCGUGGCAUUUGCCCAAGAUGGCGAGAGAUUAGUUGGUGUCUCUGCAAAACGGCAAGCUGUUGUAAACCCAGAAAACACAUUAUUCGCCACAAAGCGAUUGAUUGGGCGCAAGUUCACCGACGGUGAGGUCCAGCGUGAUCUUAAGGAGGUUCCAUACAAGAUUGUACAACAUACAAACGGCGAUGCGUGGGUUGAGGCACGAGGCCAGAAAUAUUCUCCAUCCCAAAUCGGUGGCUUCGUCCUGCAGAAGAUGAAGGAGACUGCCGAAGCUUACCUCACCAAGCCCAUUCAGAAUGCCGUUGUCACUGUUCCCGCCUACUUCAACGACUCUCAACGUCAAGCUACCAAGGAUGCUGGUCAAAUUGCCGGUCUUAAUGUUCUCCGUGUUGUCAAUGAGCCAACUGCUGCUGCUCUUGCUUAUGGCUUGGAGAAAGACGAGGAUAAGAUCAUUGCAGUAUACGAUUUGGGUGGAGGAACCUUCGAUAUCUCGGUCCUCGAGAUCCAAAAGGGCGUAUUCGAGGUCAAGUCGACCAAUGGUGAUACCCACUUGGGUGGAGAAGAUUUCGAUAUCCACUUGGUCAGACACCUUGUGCAGCAAUUCAAGAAGGACUCUGGCAUUGAUCUUACCGGUGAUCGUAUGGCUAUUCAACGAAUCCGUGAGGCCGCUGAGAAGGCCAAGAUUGAGCUGUCCUCUUCUAUGCAGACCGAUAUCAACCUCCCAUUCAUCACUGCCGACUCUUCCGGACCCAAGCACAUCAACUCCAAGCUCUCUCGAUCACAACUCGAGAAGCUUGUUGACCCUCUCAUUUCCCGCACUAUCGAUCCGGUCCGCAAGGCCUUGAAAGAUGCCAACCUUCAGGCCAAGGACAUCCAGGAAGUCAUCCUGGUCGGAGGUAUGACCCGUAUGCCAAAGGUCAGCGAGUCUGUCAAGAGCAUCUUUGGACGUGAUCCUGCCAAGUCUGUCAACCCAGACGAGGCUGUCGCCAUGGGUGCCGCCAUUCAAGGUGGUGUCCUUGCCGGUAAUGUCACCGACGUCCUGCUUUUGGAUGUUACACCUCUUUCUCUCGGUAUCGAGACUCUCGGUGGCGUCUUCACCCGUUUGAUCAACCGAAACACCACCAUUCCCACCAAGAAGUCCCAAGUCUUCUCAACAGCAGCUGAUUACCAAACUGCCGUCGAGAUCAAGGUUUACCAGGGUGAGCGUGAACUGGUCCGUGAUAAUAAGAUGCUUGGUAACUUCCAACUUACCGGUAUCCCACCUGCUUCCCGAGGUGUCCCACAAAUUGAGGUCACUUUCGACAUUGAUGCUGAUGCGAUUGUUCACGUUCACGCCAAGGACAAAUCUUCAAACAAAGAUCAAUCUAUUACCAUUGCUUCAGGGUCCGGUCUUUCUGACUCUGAGAUUCAAAACAUGGUUGACGACUCUGAGCGAUACGCCGAAUCCGACAAGGAGCGGAAGAACGCUAUUGAGGCUGCCAACCGUUCGGACAGCGUCUUGAACGAUACUGAGAAGGCCCUGAACGAGUUCGCUGACAAGCUUGACAAGACUGAAGCUGACUCCAUCCGCGAGAAGAUUACCGCUCUCCGUGAGUUCGUUAGCAAGAGCCAAUCUGGCGAGGGCAGCGCCACCGCUGCCGAGUUGAAGGAGAAGACCGAUGAGCUCCAGGUGGCGAGCUUGAGCCUUUUCGACAAAAUGCACAAGGCCCGCGCCGAAUCAGGCGAGACUCAACAGCCAGCUGGUGAGGCGAGCUCCGCAGAGGGCGAGGCCAAGGACGGCGAGAAGAAGCCUUGA